AUGAAUGACGAACACACUUAUGAAUGGGAAACCAUCACAGCAGAGCUAAACAUCAUAAAACCAGUGAAUGAGAUUGAGAUACAGGACGUGUUAGGCAAGAGUUUCGACAAACUGGAAAAAUGGGAAGCAUUCUACGAAAUGUAUGCGAAACGGAUGGGUUUCGGCACAAGGAAAGACGAUGUACGACGUUCUCAUGGGGUCAUUGUAAUGCGGAGGUGGGUUUGUUGUUCAGAGGGUUCGAAAAAAAUCGCAUCACCGGACACACCAAGAAAAAAAAGACCUCAUGAUGUCACUAGAACCGGAUGUCAGGCAGCAUUGCGUAUUUUACUCACACAACCGUCUAACACUUGGAAAUGCAAAGAGUUCAGCACAAUGCACAAUCACGAGCUGGCUUCAUCAAGUGAGGUACAAUUUUUGAGAUCAUAUAGAGUUGUCUCCAAUGGGUUGCUUGCCCAAGUUAGGUCGAUGAACUCCGUAGGAAUUAAAACUGCCAACAUAAUGUCUCAUGUUGCUUUGCAAAGUGGAGGUUACGAGAAAAUGCCAUGUCAACUUCGAGAUGUGUACAACAGGGUUGCUGGUGCGAAGCGAGAAGAGAAGAUAGAGACGGACUCAGAAGGGGCUCUGGGAUUUCUUGAUUGUCUCGCAGAGAAGGAUCCUAAUUUCUUCGUUGUCUAUCAGGUUGACGACGAGAAUCGCUUGGCUAACUUAUUCUGGGCAGAUGGAAACUCACGCGUGGACUAUGUAGCUUUUGGGGAUGUACUAGGAUUUGACACAACCUACAUGACGAAUGAGUACAAUAAGCCCCUCACUGUUCUCAUUGGCGUCAACCACCAUUUCAACACAUGCAUCUUCGGAUUUGCUCUCCUCCUCCACGAGAAGCUUCCAUCAUAUUCUUGGCUACUUCAAAAAUUUCUAGAAUGCCAUGGAGAUAAGAAGCCAAGUGUUGUAGUUACUGACCAAGAUGCGGCCAUGAAACAGGCUAUCGUUGAACACAUGCCUGAUGUUACGCACCGUCUCUGCGCUUGGCAUCUCAAUACAAAUGCUUCGAAAAAGGUUAAAGAUCCGAUCUUCUUAAAAACAUUUAAGGAUCUCAUGUACAACUACUACGAGGAGGAAGAAUUUGAAGCAAGAUGGUUAGACGUCAUCCAAACCCAACAACUAACAGAUAAUGAAUGGUGUCAAACAACAUUCGAGUCAAGACAACAAUGGGCAGAAACGUAUUUAAGGGGUUCAUUCGUUGCAGGAAUGAGAACCACACAACGUUGCGAAUCCAUCAACUCCGCUCUAAAAAAAUUUUUAGAGAAGAAUUAUUGCUUGCGUGAAUUUGUAACAACCAUAGAUAUGACAGUCUCAAAGCUCAGACACAACGAGACUGCAAAUGACUUCAAAAGUAGAUGCACUCGACCUCACCCACCUAAUCCUACAUGCUUGACCACUUACUACAACCAAUGUGCUGAAUUCUACACAAGAACUAUGUACCACAAGGUUGCUGAGCAGCUUGAUUUAGAGAAUAACUAUUUUGUCCUAACUCAAGAGCAAGAAGGAGAGUGGCAGAUAUUCACCAUUGGAAAGUUCCAGCAUCCGGACGUCCAAUACCGAGUUCAUUACUGUGAAGGCCGACGAGCACUACACUCGAAAUCAGAGGACUCGUACAACCGUGCAAAGGAAGAGCUUGAACGGCUAACUCUAAUGUUCAAGGAAGAAUUUGACUUGAAUUCCAAUCCGGAAGGAGAGACGCCACAACCUGGAAGAUAUCGUAGCAACCCCAACAUUAUUAAAGACCCCGAAGUUGUGAGAACAAAGGGUACGGGAAAUACAAGGGAAGGACCAAACGGGGAGCAGAUCCCAAGAAACUCAAGACAUUGUCGCAUUUGUCGCUCAUCAGACCAUGAUUAUCGACGGUGCCCAAAUCGUCAACAUAACACUGGAUCUCAGGGGCAACAACCUCCAAACAAUCAACCAGCAUCUGACUCAUUCAAUGACCACUCCAACGCGUAUUUCCCGGAACCGCCUUCCUCCACACAAGAGUCUUACUAUGGUCAUUCUUAUAACUAG